AUGUCCAGCGACAACAGCCAACUGACCAUAUUAUUCACACCACUGGACGGGUGGGGACAUAUCAACGCGUGUCACGGGUUGGCCGAAGAGCUGCUACGGCGCGGGCAUCGCGUGGUGUUUGCCAUCGAUCAGGGCUUUGCCGGCAAACUGUCCAAACAUGGCUUCGAGGAGGUCCUGCACUCUAUACCCCCGGACCCCACCGUCGACCCCAACAUUGACUUUUGGGCCGAUUUCAUAGUCAAACACCGGCGCGAUCUCCAGCGGUCGUCCAUCGAGAUCAUCGAAAGGGUCACUUCUGUGGCGCUGGGCGUCAUGUUUGACGGCGUGAAGGCCCGGGAGGACCAGUACCGAGACAUUGUGGCCACUGUCCGGCCCGAUGUGAUUGUCAUCGACUCCUACGUGGGCUGUCCACCGGUCACUGAGUCGGGCGUGCCGUGGGUUUUGUUAUUUUCGGCGGCGCCUCACAUGGGGUUAAUGAAUGAUGAGCACCCACCUGCCUGGUCUGGAUUACCACUGAAUGGAGACCAAAACGAGUGGCAAACAUAUCAAACGAGAUUUAAUAAGGCUUUCGAUGCGCUUCACAAAAAUGUUGACGAUUGGUAUAAAGAGGUGACCGGAAAGUCAUUGGCACUCAAACCGGGAUCAGUUCCCCACCCGUUGUCUCCAUAUCUCAACAUAUGUAUGACACCCAAAGAGUUGGACUACGAAGAGGUGCAGCCAUUGGGCGACAACUGGCAUAGAGUGGACGGCUUUGUCCGCACAACUGACGAGACGUUUGAAAUACCGGAGUGUCUGCGAGAGAGGUCAGGAAAGUUGAUCCUCUUGUCCAUGGGUUCGUUCGGGUGCGCAGACAUUGAUCUCAUGAUACGUUUGACCACAAUUCUGGCCAAAUCUGAGCACCGGUUUAUCGUGAGUAAGGGUCCACUGCAUGACAAGUAUUCACUGCCGGACAACAUGUGGGGCCAACCAUUCCUCCCGCAGACAGCGAUCUUACCAUUAGUUGAUUUAGUGCUAACACACGGCGGCAACAAUACUGUGACCGAGACUUUC